AUGAACCAGUCGGCCCUUGGGGCCCCCCCGCCCCCCCGACGUGUACGGCUAAAGCCCUGGCUACUGGCCCAGGUGAACAGCUGCCAGUACCCGGGCCUCCAGUGGGUCAAUGGGGAGAAGAAGUUCUUCUACAUCCCCUGGCGCCAUGCAACUCGGCAUGGCCCCAGCCAGGAUGGGGACAACACCAUCUUUAAGGCCUGGGCCCAGGAGACGGGGAAGUACACGGAGGGGGUGGACGAGGCGGACCCGGCCAAGUGGAAGGCCAACCUGCGCUGCGCCCUGAACAAGAGCCGAGACUUCCACCUCUUCUACGAUGGGACCAAGGACAUGCCGCCACAGCCCUACAAGAUCUACGAGGUCUGCUCCAGUGACCCCAUUUCCACAGAGUCCCAGCCCAGUGAGGAUUACACGUUCCCUGUGGGAGAGGAGGACGAGGAAGACGAGGAAGAGCUCCGGAGGAUGUUACCAGGCCUGAGUCUCACAGAAACGGCACCUUCCGCCCCCGCGAUGGCCCCCUACUCUUUGCCCAAAGAGGACAUCAAGUGGCCGCCCAGCCUCCAGCCGCCGGCGGUGCUGGGCACCCCUGCUGCAGACCCCAGCCUCCUGGUACCUGUGCCCGGCAAUGCUGCUGACUUCGGGGACCUGGGGCCUGGGCCACUGGCCUCGACGCUGCCCUUGAUGGGCGAAGAGCCGCUGCCCAACCUCCUCAUCAACCCCCACAUGCUGCCACUGACUGACCUGGAGAUCAAGUUCCAGUACCGGGGCCGGCCGCCCCGCGCCCUGACCAUCAGCAACCCCCACGGCUGCCGGCUCUUCUACAGCCAGCUGGAGGCCACCCAGGCGCAGGAGGAGCUCUUCGGGCCCGUGAGCCUGGAGCAGGUGCGCUUCCCCAGCCCCGAGGACAUCCCCAGCGACAAGCAGCGCUUCUACACCAACCAGCUGCUGGACGUCCUGGACCGCGGCCUCAUCCUGCAGCUCCUGGGCCAGGACCUGUACGCCGUGCGCCUGUGCCAGUGCAAGGUGUUCUGGAGCGGGCCCUGCGCCACCACCCAGGGCGCCCAGCCCAACCCCAUCCAGCGCGAGGUCCAGACCAAGCUCUUCAGCCUGGAGCAGUUUCUCCAUGAGCUCAUCUUGUUCCAGAAGGGCCAGACCCUGACCCCGCCCCCCUUUGAGAUCUUCUUCUGCUUCGGGGAGGAGUGGCCGGACCGCAAACCGAGAGAGAAGAAGCUCAUCACUGUGCAGGUGGUGCCCGUGGCUGCCCGGCUGCUGCUUGAGAUGUUCUCGGGCGAGCUCUCCUGGUCCGCCGACAGCAUCCGGCUCCAGAUCUCACACCCCGACCUCAAGGACCGCAUGGUGGAGCAGUUCAAGGAGCUGCACCACCUCUGGCAGGCCCAGCAGCGGACGCCGCCCGUGGCCCAGGCCCCUCCCGGGCUGCCCCUGGGCACGCACCCAGGGCCCUGGCCCCUGCACCCCGUGGGCAUGCAGCAGUGAGGCUGCCGGGAGUGAGCGGCUGCGGCUCUCUGGAGGAACUGGACGGGGAGGUGCCACGGGCCGUGUGUGUACCUGGUGGACUAGCAGCUUUGCUCUGGGUCUCCUGGAAAUGGACUUGGGCCAAUUAGAAGGAAGAGCACUGAGGAAGAGGAAGCGAGAAGCCUCUCUGCUCGGGACGUUGUCUUCUGAGAUCAGAGUCUCAGGCUCUGGGGGAUUCAGUCCUCAGUGCCCAGGCGGGGAGAAAGCAAGACCCCCACCUCCUUCCAGCCGGCAGGGGCCCAGUGCGGGGCGAUGGGGUCCCCCAUUUUCUCUGGCAACAAGAGCCGAGUGCUGUGUGCAAGGUCCCUGGCGGCGUGGACCUCUGCAGGGCAUGGAUCUGAUGUGGGGGUUCCCAGUUUGAACCUUGCGGCCUCAUUGUUCUCCUGCCUGAACUAGAAAUGAGCACUUGGGUCUGAAACACGGAGCGACCGGCAGCUACCUCCCUUCUCGGGCAUCUGAGAAACU